CAUAGCAGUGGCAGCAAUGUUUAUGGAUGCUGGACAGGAUUGUAUGGUUUUUGAGGACGUGGCCAUACAUUUCUCCCAGGAGGAGUGGGGCAUUCUUAAUGACGUUCAGAGACACCUGCACAGCGAUGUGAUGCUGGAGAACUUUGCACUUUUGUCAUCAGUAGGUUGUUGGCAUGGAGCCAAGGAUGAGGAGGCACCUUCCAAGCAAUAUGUUUCUGUGGGAGUGUCACAGGUCACAACUCUAAAGCCAGCAUUGUCCACCCAGAAGGCCCAGCCCUGUGAGACAUGUAGCUCACUUCUGAAGGACAUUCUGCACCUGGCUGAGCACGACGGAACACACCUCAAGCAAGUGCUGUACAGGUGUGCAGCCAAGCUUUACCUGCACCAAAAGGAGCAUCUUAGAGAGAAGCUCACCAGAAGUGAUGAAGAGAGGCCUUCAUUUGUGAAUGAUGGUGUUCAUGUGGCAGAGAGGAACUUCACAUGCACACAGGGUGGCAAGGAUUUUACUGCUGAUUCAGAUCUUCUUCAACAACAGGCUCUUCACAAUGGGUGGAAGCCGCACAGGGACACUUACGGUGUGGAGGCCUUUGAAAGUGGACAGAAUGAUUACAGCUGCAGCCAAUGUGAGAAAGACUUUUGCCACCAAGAUAUGCUGUUUGAGCACCAGAAAAUCCAUACAGAGGAAAGGCCUUAUGAGUGCAGUGAAUGUGGCAAAUUGUUUAGGUACAACUCAGAACUUAAUAAACAUCAGCGAACUCAUAGUGAAGAAAGGCCUUAUAAGUGUAGUGAAUGUGGAAAAGCCUUCAGACUCAAGUAUAACGUUGUUCAACACCAGAAAAUUCACAUAAGGCCUGUAGAAAGGCCUUAUGAGUGCAGUGAAUGUGGGAAAGCCUUCCUUAAAAAGUCUCACCUACUUCAGCACCAGAGGAUUCACUCCAGGCCAAGGCCUUAUGGGUGUAGUGAAUGUGGGAAGGCUUUCUUUACACGGGCUCACCUUGUUUGUCACCAGCAAAUUCAUACUGGAGAACGACCUUAUGGUUGCAAUGAAUGUGGAAAAUUUUUUAUGUACAAUUCUGCACUCAUUAGACAUCAGAAGGUUCACACUGGAGAAAGGCCUUUUUAUUGUUGUGAAUGUGGGAAAUUCUUUUUGGACCGCUGCACACUCAUUGUUCACCAGAGAGUUCACACUGGAGAAAAGCCUUACAAAUGCAACGAAUGUGGGAAAUUCUUUAGAUACCGUUCCACACUCAUUAGACAUCAGAAAGUUCACACUGGAGAGAAGCCUUAUGAGUGUAGUGAAUGUGGGAAGUUUUUUAUGGACAUUUCCACACUCAUUAUUCAUCAGAGAGUUCACACUAGAGAAAAGCCUUAUGAAUGCAGUGAAUGUGGGAAGUGCUUUAGGUAUUGCUUUACACGUAAUAGACAUCAGAGAAUUCACUCUGGAGAGAGACGUUAUGAAUGCAGUGAAUGUGGCAAAUUCUUUGUGGACAGUUGUUCGCUGAAGAGUCAUCAGAGAAUUCACACCGGAGAAAAACCUUUCGAAUGCAGCAUUUGUGGAAAAUCGUUCAGGUGUCGCUCCACACUUGAUGCACAUCAGAGAAUUCACACUGGUGAAAGGCCUUAUGAGUGUAGUGAAUGUGGAAAAUUAUUUAGGCACAACUCAAAUCAUCUUAGACACUGGAAAAAUCACUUUGGAAAAAGGUCUUUUGAGUGCACUGAAUGUGGAAGAGUUUUUAGCCAAAAUUCCCACCUCAUUCGGCACCAAAAAGUUCACACUAGGGAAAGAACUUAUAAAUGCAGCAAAUGUGGGAGAUUUUUUAUGGACAGCUUCACACUCAUCAGUCAUCAGAGAGUUCAUACUGGAGAAAAGCCUUACGAGUGCAGUGAAUGUGGGAAAGUUUUUAAGUACAACUCUAGCCUCAUUAAACAUCGGAGAGUCCAUCCUGGAGAGAGACCUUAUCAUUGCAGUGAAUGUGGAAGAGGCUUUAACCAAAAUUCUCACCUCAUUCAGCACCAGAAAGUUCAUACCAGAUAAUGAAUGUAUCUACAUAAAGCAGAUAUGGAAAGACUUCACACAGAAAUCUGCUCUGAUUUAGCCCUGGGACCUAUAUGUUUUAAAAAAGUAUUCUUGGCUGGAUGUGGUGCC